UCCGUGACUCACCUGUACACACCUUUGCGCAUGCGCAGUUGUUGAAUUACCUGAAUGUUUGAAGUUUUGGGGAAGGGAUUUCUCAUCUGAUGCUGAACUUCUUUUUACUGUAACGACGAACACAACAUUUACAUACUUAGGACAACCUUUAAGCAAGCAUGACGACCCCGACCCCCGGAGACAAUGCUGAGAUCUACCGCACGACAUCGAAGCAGGUGCUUGUGACACGUGACCCAGUCUUGUCCCACCCAGCGAUCUAUCAGGGUCAUUACAUCGGACCCAAGCCCCACUCCUACAUGCCCUUGGCCAUUGUUGUGACCAUCCUGAACCCACUUAUUGGACCCUUCGCCAUCUUCUUUGCAUACAUGUCGGUCAGAGCUUAUGGACAAGGUGACCUCAAGUACUCCAACAAGUGGUCCCAGUAUGCGUUUAUGAUGGGGAUGAUCACGAUUGUAGCCUCCGUCCUCAUCUACAUCACCAUCGGCUUCGCUCUCAGUCCUAUAGGCAUCAGGGGAAGUCACACUCUGUGAGUGCUAAAUGAAAUGUGUAUAGCGUGUAUAUAUUGACGUAGACAUCAUUGAGGAGAAAUCAAUAUUUUGUACAAGGUUUUACAACACUGACGGUCCAGAUGAUCCACAAAUAAAAGUUUCAAUGGUCCCUGUAGAAAUAUGAGGGGUAAAAUAAUGAAAUAGUGUACAGUCCUUUUAACAAUGGCGCUCUAAUAUGAACAUUCAUCUUGUCAAGAAAUAGGUACAUUGAAUGGUAUUGUGCAUUGAGAGGGACACGAUUAUGUAUCUUUUCUGCUUCAACUGUACACAUUUAUGUACUAGAUGUACAUUUCCUGUUUAUAUAAUCACUGGUUGUAGAUAUUGGCUCAACCCAGAAUAAUAGAUUCACUAAUUUAGUGACGCUGUAAGGUUUGACCCAUUUUUUCACAUAAUGAAGAAUUUUAGUUUGUCCUGAUUUUAACUUGUGUGAUGUAAGGUAAAGCAGUUGUGUACAUCCUCUUGUUUUUUAAUUGUCAGUAACUCAUUGAGUGUUACCAUGGUUACUACACAACAGAUUUUAAUUGAAAUCAAGAUAAGAAUUGAUAUCAAUUGAUUUUUGUGCCUGUAAGCUUAUUUAUUCUUUAAUACGAUCCCUGAAAAUUCUAAGGAUGGUUAAUUUUCUUUUGUCACAAUACCAUGAUGCUGGAAACAAAUAAUUAAGAAAUAUUUGAUGAUAAUAUCUCAAGAAAGAUCUCUUGAAAUAUGUGUGUCAUUCAAACAGAGCAUUAUUUUACUUUUUACGAAAAACACUCCUGUCCUAACACAGAAUUAAUGAUUAUAUAUUGUUAAUGUGAAAGAUAUAUGUUGAUUUCAUACUGGACACAAAGUUAACAUCAAUGACCAUUAUCACAAUCGAUCUUGCCAAGAGUUAACACCACUGCUUUGAGAAUGGAGCAAUCACUAAAUGACCUUGUGAUACUCCAGUUAGUCAUGACAUUUUCCUAACACCUUGUUUUGUUUGAUACAGAACUGCAUGUAUAUUUAUGAUGUAUGUUACCACUAACAAACAUAUUAAUCACUUUAAUGUACAUAAACAAGUUUUUGUAUUUUAUUUUGUGUAUUUCAUUAACAUCCUUUCUUGACCAUGUUGACAUUUAUAGUCAUGAAUUGUUUUGUAAGCUAGUUUUACACAGUGCUUUGUAUUUUGUGUAUAUAUUCCUCAGUUUAACUGUUAUCAUACACAACAUUUGUCCAAGAGUAUCAUGCAGUGUCAUACAGUUUCCUUUUUUUUAAGCUUGAAUUCAGCAAGCAAUACUUGUAAGUGUGAGGAGAUGAUUCCUUCAGUUAUUUUCAUUCAGUAAUCAUGGUAACUUGCAGCCUUUUUAGUUACUUAUCGACUUAAGACUUGAAAUUUCAUCCAAGGAAUCUGACAGAAAAUAUAAUAUUUUAUGUCCAGUAUGGGCUCGUCUUGUGAAAUGUUCUUCAAAUGUAGCGAUAUGGACAGCCCACCGAGCAAAAGCAUCAGGAUCCACCGAUUGUGGUUUGGAUUCCAGAUUUGUAUCCUCUGUUGGCAACAUUCCCUUGCCUGUGUUCACCAAAGUCUAAAAUCCCUGGCUUUCUCUUUCCGUCAAGGGGCCAUCAUUUGAUCAGUUGUAUCAUCCUCGCAAUAAUCACUGUAGACCACUGUAGCAAUGAUCUUUUCACAUUCCGUGCCUUCACAAUCGUUUUGUCAGAUCUGUACAAGUCCCAUGUAAUUGUCCAUUGUCAGGGAUAAUAGACUGAUAUUGUAAAUAAAAUAUAUCCUUAUAUAA